AUGGGAAAACCAAAAGUUACUAAGAAGGCUGCUAAGAUUGUUAAAAAGAAGAUUGCAAAAAAGUCAACAGGUCCAAGACCCACAAGAACUAUCCAAGCAACAGUUGCUUAAGCUUAGGCUACCACACAACCAAGUGCUGGUCAAAGAAAAUUGCCCAGAUAAAACAGAAGAAAUAAAUAAGCUAAAGGAAAAUCAAAUAAAAAAGCAUAAAAAAAGUGA